AUGGAUGACCCUGACCAACCACUCCAGGAGCACAGCAGAAUUGAGGACGACUACAACAUAGACCAUCUGGAUGAGGGAUACGACAUCUACGCUCUCUUCUGUUUCGAAGACAUCCCUCUCGAGAUGAUCGACGAUAUCCUCGAAGGAACCGCGAGGGAAUCGUCCUACAUCUACUACUACUGGCUGGCUGAUGACUACUCAACUCUGCCUCAAGAACAAGACGGUGAGGAGAUCGAGGGAACCGUACCACCUCUGCCUUGUACCUGGCGGUCUUCAUUUCUUGGUUCAACCGUCGAAGCGGCAUUUGAAUGUGUCAAGAACGCCCCAGGCAAGCUCCUGAACAGAAAGCAUAUCGUCGGGUUAGCCAGGAAGCUCUUCGAGGAAAGACGGACGCUGAAAGUCUAUCGUAUGGAGGGAGCCGACCCAGAUUUUGCCGUCGAGCUGGGCUUGGAUGUAAAACCAGGGAAUAUCACGGGAGUCGGAGGAGAGGCGCACACAACCAUCUUGGGGCUGUUUUACGACGUGGGACAGGCGACUGGGGAUUCAAUGUCUGGGAGUGGAAGGAUGAAGGAUUACCGUUUUGUUGAGUAG